CCAAUCUCGAAACAGUAACUUCAGUUCAAUCACAGAUGUCAGAUGAAUUAGUUCAUUCAUAAAUAUUAUAAAUCUCUUGAUCAAUAUUUCAUUAUGAUUCUGUUUAAACAGAUCUAUAAUUAAAAGUUUAGGAUCACAAAUAUACGUAUAUUAUUAAUGAUUGUAACGAUGUCAUCGAGAUAUACAACGACCGGGAUCAAGGGCGAAGGAGAUGUGGACGACAACUUCAGGCAGCAAGGAUCGUUAAGGAAAUUGUUGCCAUCCAAUAGUAAUGGAGAGACACAGCUUGCCAUGUCCACUAGGAUGAUCGAUAGACCUCCUUCGACUCGCAGUAACAGAGAAUAUGCUGUGUUCUUACAAGAGUAUAUAAUUCUUUCUGAAUAUAAUAUGAUGCAGAAACAAGAUCUAAAAAGAAUUUAUGUGAUUCCAUCUGCAAAUGACUCAUUUUUAUGGUUUGGAGUCUUCUUUGUUAGACAAGGGAUUUACCAAGGUGGCGUAUUCAGAUUCACAAUUACCUUGCCCCCAACUUUUCCCGACGGUGGUUGUCCGAAAGUUGUAUUUCAACCGAAUGUAUUUCAUCCAUUAUUGAAGGCUGAUACUGGAGAGUUAGAUACAACGUGGGAAUUUCCUGAAUGGAAACGAAACAAUAGAGUUUGGCAAUUAGUGCAGUACAUUGUCAAGGUCUUUUCCAAAAUCGAUUCAAAGAUGCCGUCCAUCAAUGAAGAAGCUCUGAUGUUAUUUGCAAGUAACAUUGAAAGUUUCCAAAAAAAAGCUAGGGCAAGUGUUACAGAGAGUUUGAGUCAGCUUUACGAUCCACCUUCAACUGACGAUCCGCAUUACAUUACUUUUACCCCUUAUGAUAGUUCAUCGCACGAUGGUAUCAAGGAGGAGAUAUUAAAAUCAAAGAAGGAAGAGGAAAAUAAGGUGCUUGGAUUUUCUUGGGUACAGCCAGGAUCGCUUCAGCCUUUUUCAAAACCCGAAACAAGAUAACAAAAACUUCUUAAGCCUGGAGAGUCGUUAACACAACAGAUGAGGUAUUUUCAAACCUUAGACGUUCGUAAUUUUCGACAUUUACUCAUUGCAAUCGUCAUUUAACAAGAGCUGAACAAAUGGUACGAUGUACGACUUAAUAUUUUUCUAUGUAUGUUUAUAAAGACUUAACCAACUGAAAUAAGUAAAUCUUUAAUCAAACGUGUACAGUUUUGGAUCAGGAAUCGAAAAUUUUUCGUACAUGUAUAAAGUAUCAGAGUUUAUAUUUCUAGAAGUAUAAACAUAUGUCUCUAAUUUAUGCUAAUGUCGGAGAGUAGGCCCCAUUCUAAAAUAAUUAUAUCACAGAAGUCUAACGGAGUGUUAUCAUUAUUAAUUUUAAUAUUUAUUACUCACGAUAUAAUUCUAUUGACUUAUAGGCUCGUGCAACAACACGUAGAAUAUGUAUGACGAAUUUAUAAAGACUUGUCUUUAAGGCAAUGUAUAUAUAAAAAAUUUGUAAUCAAAUACGUUAACUGAUGACUGUUAAACGUUAACAUGGCUUCUUAUGGCCCAGGGCUCAAUUAGCCGCAGAGUACUGGUUACCACAAUUUGUCCAGGAGAGGGGUAAUUGUCUUUAAAUUCUUCCGUCAACGUUAAAUAUGGUGCUUAAUUUUUUACUAGAAAAAUAAGAGAUUACCAUCGUUUCAUAGUUUGGUCUACACAUUUUGCAAUUCAACAAAUGCAGGGCUAAUAAUAAAUGAUUUUUCAAUUUAUUAUUUUGUAACUAUUUUAGGAAACUCUCUUUAAUCAUAUCUUUAUUAGACUCUAGUUUAAAGUUUUUCUGCGAAUGUUUUAUCUUCUGGACAAUGCCAACCCUCACAUUUUUAUAUGUAGACUUGAAACGAAUUGCAAUGGUUGUAAAAAUAAUUAGUUUACAAUUUUUCACAGAACUUUUUUAGCUAUUUUUUUAUGCCAUUCGGAAUCCAGUUCAUGUCUAUUAUUGUCCCAAGAAAAAUGCGUUGGACUUUGUUCUUCACCAUUAUGGAAUUCAAAGUAUUUGCUAAAUUCUAAUGCUAGCUUAGAUCGCACCAAGCCUAUGCCACCAGCAAUUUUUGGUGCAGGAUGAUAAACUCGUCCAGUUUCCAUGCUCAUGAAGAUUCUUGCUGGCUCAAAAGGAACCUAUGAUUAUAACAAAGAUUCACAUGUCAGCAGAUCUAUCAAUUUUUCAUUUAUGGUCUAAGGCUAAAUUUAGGUGUUCUUUAUUGUAAAAGGUGGGCAAAAAUAGAAAACAUACAAACCGUCAGUAACUCAUCGGCAUGAGCAUAACUAAAUUGAUUUUUCACUCCUCCAGUAUCUAAAUCUUCCUUUUGAAUGACAUGUGUAAACACGAUUGGAAGAUCAUCACAUCUGACGAAAUUUCGUUCUCUUCCACAUGGUGACAGGUAGGGAAAAUCAUCCAUAUAACGGCCAGUUUCAUUUUUGCGAAGUCUUGUGAAGAAGAAUGCCAAAAACUUUUUCUCUGAAAAUCGAUAAAACGAUUUUCCAGAAUGCUUUCAAGAUAAACCGUUGAAAAAGGUUUAUGUGGAUUAGAUUUAUUGCAUUCAAACUUCAAGGAAUUUGAUCACGAAUGCAUAUAAGCUAGAAUUACUGUACAUGUAUUUAAUAAUUAAUUUAUGCGAAUUUGACCUAUUUUCAAGGAGAUUUGGCUUGGAAGUUAAAACAGAGAUUGAAAUCCACUGAUCUCUACACUAGAGAUCUUUAUGUUAGAGAUCAGUGUUGAAAUCUGAAAGUGUUUGAUUUAUGAACUGUUAAUUGUUAAGUUGAUCUAUUUAAUACAAAUCAGCAACAUACGAAUACGUACCUUUAAAACAAGAGGUGAAGUUCUUCAUUCGAGAAUCAUCAAGAAACAACUGUCAAUUUGAAAGAUAUACAAAUUUUAUACAUGUACCUCUGGAGACCAUAAAAUAUUUCAAAAUUCAAGCAAUAUCCAAUAUGUUAAUAAGAUCUUGUAUUCAAUUAAUUUCUUUAUUCGAGUAAAAAACAAUAUCCAGUGAAACCAUUACAGGCAUUCAAAUGGAAUCAAUAAGUGUAAAAAUAUUGUAACAGUUUAACUUAUUUUGCUCUGAUUAAUUAGUUCAAAUACGAUUUCAUGAGAAUUCAAAAAUAGAUACAUAUUUUCUUAACCCAACGAAUUAGAAAAAAAUAAUUUAAUACAGUAACCCGAAUAAUUUAAUACAGUGACCCAAAUAAUCAUUUAACAGAGAUCAACAAUAAAGUUUUCCAGUACUUUGCAUUUUAUCUACAUUAAUCGCGUAGUUGAUACCGCAGUUAUUCUACCAGAAAUUUUGCUUAGAUUUUACCAAAAAAUAGGGAUUUUAGUAAUAUUGCGAUAAUAAGAAAUUCACUUUUAUUUUUUCGCAUAAUUUUUUAACACAUUUUCUUGCAAGGGCAAAUACGUAGUGUUUCCAGAUAAAAUCAUUGUUGAAUUUUUAUUUGUUUAUCCAGUGAUAAUGUUCAUGGUCUAAAUGGUAGUUGCAGAUAUAUGAAACUAUCUGGCACUUAUUGAACAGAACAAGGAGAAAGAAGAAAAACAUACAUAAAUCUACUUUUCGCUCCUUUGAAGAGCUAGACUGUUUUUUAUUACAGUUCUAAUUAAAUUUUCAGUUAGAUCUACUAUCCGCUUCAACGAGUUUGUCUGGAGUCUGUAUCACCAAUAUUGGAUUCUCUUGAAUUAUCUAUUUACCGCAGAUCUUUACCAGCGAGAUCACUAGUGAGGAUCUACAUAUAUGGCACCUAGUGGUUAGCUUGGAUCUACUUUUACAAGUAUUAAUUGUAAAUAAAAACGUUGACAUAACAUGG